CCUUUCUCCCUCCGCCUGGGAUUAAUGGAAAAAUAUCCUUGGGUGAGGAUUAAAAAAAAAAAAGGAAAGAAGGAAACAAUGAAGAUGAAGCACUUGGCAUAAUUCCUGUUCUCAAACAGACCAUGGCCCUGAAAGCUUGUGGCUUGAUCAUCUUCCGAAGACGACUCAUUCCCAAGGUGGACAAUACUGCAAUUGAGUUUCUACUGCUGCAGGCGUCAGAUGGCAUUCAUCACUGGACUCCUCCUAAAGGUCAUGUAGAACCAGGAGAAAAUGAAUUGGAAACAGCCCUACGGGAGACUCAGGAGGAAGCAGGCCUAAAAGCAAGCCAGCUGACCAUCAUUGAGGGGUUCAGAAGGGAGCUCAAUUAUGUGGCCAGGGAAAAGCCUAAAACAGUCAUCUACUGGCUGGCAGAAGUGAAGGACCAUGACGUGGAGAUCCGCCUCUCCCACGAGCACCAAGCUUACCGCUGGCUGGGGCUGGAUGAGGCCUGCCAGUUGGCUCAGUUCAAGGAAAUGAAGGCAGUGCUCCAAGAAGGACACCAUUUUAUCUGCUCCACAGUGGUCUGAGCUGACUGAAACAGAGUCAUUCACCUCAGUAGGAUCCUGAGGGCCUUCUGACAUGAACCCAUCUUCAGCUCUGGGGCUGGUUGUGCUGGUCUUUGGUUAAUCAUAGCAAAGAGCAGAUAGGUUAGUAAAAUCAGCUGAGGACUCCCAGAGAACAAGCAAAAAUCUUAGCUGGGUGGAAAGGAAGGCAAAGGAGGAGUUAAAAAGAAGUACAUCCUUUUACUUAAUAAACCUCAAGCAGCUUAUCUGUCCUUUAACCUGUUGUAUUU